AUGGACCGCGACCAGUUCAAAACAGCUGCCCAUGCAGCCAUUGACGAUAUCAUUGAUUACUUUGACGGUCUACCUUCGCAACGGGUAAUCCCGACAAUUGAACCGGGGUACUUGCGGCCUCAGAUUCCCGACGUUCCGCCAGAGGAAGGAGAGGAAUGGGCGGCGAUCCAAGCCGACGUGGAGAGCAAGAUCAAGCCCGGGCUGACGCACUGGCAGUCGCCGAACUUUAUGGCAUUCUUCCCUGCCAGCGUGACCUACCCGAGCAUCCUGGGAGAAAUGUACAGUGCUACGUUUACUGCGCCGGCGUUCAACUGGUUGUGUUCUCCUGCGUGUACGGAGCUGGAGACCAUCGUGAUGGACUGGAUGGCUAUGGCGCUAGGAUUGCCCGGGUGUUUUAAGAGUGAUUCACCGAAUGGAGGUGGGGGGGUGAUUCAGAACACGGCCAGUGAUGCCGUCGCGACGAUGAUGGUGGUUGCGCGGGAGCGACGGGUGCGCGAGCAGGCUCUCGCCGAGGGGCUGGUCGAGGGAAGUCCCGAGUUUGAAGACCGGCUGAUGGAUCUGCGGCCGCGGCUGGUCGCGCUGGGAAGUGACCAGACACACAGCAGUACGGCCAAGGGGGCGUUGAUCGCAGGGACGCGGUACCGCAGCGUGGCGGCCCGGCUGGAGGACAACAUGGAGAUGACGGGAGACAGACUGCGGGCGGUGCUGGAGCGGUGCGAGGCAGACCGACUAACCCCUUACUUCAUCACGUUUAGCAUGGGAACAACGAAUACGUGUGCGGUGGACCGCUUCGCCGAGCUGAAGGCCGUGCUGCGCGAGAAGCCCGCCUGGCAGCGGAUCUGGGUACACAUUGACGCGGCGUAUGCCGGGGCGGCCCUUGUGGCCGAGGAGUACCGGGCCAUUGCAAACGAGUUUGCCGAUGGGGUCGACAGCUUCAACAUGAACAUGCACAAGUGGCUGCUGGUCAACUUUGACGCGAGCUGCCUGUUUGUCCGCAAGCGCACUGACCUCACUUCUGCGCUGGACAUCACCCCGGCGUACCUGCGCAACCACUACUCCGACACGGGCAGUGUGAUUGACUACCGCAACUGGUCGAUGUCGCUGGGGCGGCGCUUCCGCGCGCUGAAGAUCUGGUUCGUGCUGCGCAGCUACGGCCUGAGCGGGCUGCGCGCUCACAUCCGCAACACUGUGCGACUCGGGGAGGUCUUUGCCGACCUCGUUCGUGGACGGUCUGAUCUCUUCGAGAUCAUCACCCGGCCGGCGUUUGCCUUGACCGUGUUUCGCGUGAAGAAGGACAACGCCCCCACCGUGUCUGAGGAAAGCAACGCCCUCACUAGAGACGUGUACGAGCUGGUGAACUCCCGCGGCGAAAUCUUUAUCACCUCCUCAGUCGUCGCGGGCGUGUAUGCCAUCCGGGUGGUGAGUGCCAACGCGCAGGCCGAAGAGGUCUAUAUCCGUCGGGCAUUCGACAUUCUCGUCAAGGCCGUUGAAGAGAUCCAGAACAAUCAUCGAAUAGACUAA